AUGGUGCCCGUACCCACAGGCGUACACUAUGACGACAAUGUCGCAGCAGCACCAUCGAGCACUGACAAGAAGUAUCCCAAGCGAUGCGUCGUCGUCGGUCUUGGUAUGGUUGGCAUUGCCUUCUGCGAGAAGCUCCUGAAGAUGGACAUUGACGGUGGAAGAGAUGAGUGGGAGGUGGUCGUGUGAGUCUUCCUGAUUGCUCACUUCUUCUCAGUUGCGAGUCUCAGCUGCUCACACCAUGGCUCAUCCUUGCGUUUGCGCACACAGCAUUGGCGAGGAGCCGCACAUUGCCUACAACAGAGUCGGUUUAACACAGUACUUCACUUCUAGAGAUCCGGAGGCCCUGUACUUGAAUCCUCUCAGCUGGUACACGAGCCACGCACCUGGCAAGCUGCAGUAUCACACAGCGGAUCCGGUCACUUCCAUCUCACAUGAAGCCAAGGAAGUGCGAACAUCGAAAGGCCUCACGCUCAAGUACGAUGUAUGCGUGCUAGCCACUGGCUCAGACGCCGCUUUGCCACCUUACGUCUCCCAACAAAGAUUCCAUGCUACUGCUGGCACUUUCGUCUAUCGCAACCUCGCAGACUUGGACGCCAUGAUCGCCUACUCUGAAGAACACAAAGUCAAGCGUGCCGCAGUCAUUGGCGGUGGUCUCCUCGGUCUCGAAGCCGCCAAAGCUCUCUUCGAUCUGGAGACAGUGGAACAGGCUGUCAUCAUCGAGCGGAACCAGUGGGUCCUCUCACGUCAGCUCGAUGGUGAGGGGGGUCGGAUGGUCCUAGAUAAAGUCCGAGCGCUUGGCGUCGAGGUUGUCACCCAAGCACGCGUCAGAGAUCUGAUUGUAGGGUCACAGCAAGAAGACGACGAAGGCAAAGAGCGGAUCAAAGGCUUGUUACUGGAAGGCAAGGGUGAAGAUGGAGCUGAUGCGCCGUACGAGCUCGACAUGCUCGUCUUCGCUGUUGGCAUCAAAGCAAGAGACAAUCUCGCUACCCAGUCUAACCUCAAGGUAGCGCCUCGAGGUGGCUUCGACAUAUCGGAUCGUCUCGAGACCAGCGCCAAGGACGUCUUCGCAAUCGGCGAAUGCGCUAGCUUCAAGGGAGAAACCUGGGGUCUGAUCGCACCUGGCGUCGAAAUGGCAGACGUUCUCGCUUUCAAUCUCACUGAAGGUCCACAUCACGCAAGUGGCUUGAGAUCGAUGACAUAUCCCGACUUGAGUUGCAAGCUGAAGCUGAUGGGCGUCGACGUCGCAAGCUUUGGCGAUUUCUUUGCGGAUCGCGGAAAGCUCACAAAGGCACUCCCCGGUAAUCGCAAGACUGGGACUGGCGCUCAUGCUAAGGUGCCAGAUGGCGCUCCUGUCGUCAAGGCCCUCACCUAUCGCGACCCCUUCUCCGACGUGUACAAAAAGUAUAUCUUCACCGCAGACGGCAAGCAUGUAGUGGGCGGCAUGAUGGUCGGAGAGGUCAAAGACUACGUCAAGCUUGUCGGAAUCUGCAACAAGGGCAAAGAACUCGAAGUUCCACCGGCCCAGUUCAUCUUAGGAUCUCAGAAAGAGGGCGAAGAAGGUGACGACCUUGACGAUGACACCCAAAUUUGCUCUUGCCACAACGUGACCAAGGGUCAAGUAGUCGAUCAGGUCAAGCAAGGGUGCCGAUCGUUUGGCGAUAUCAAAAGCUGUACCAAGCUCGGAACAGGAUGCGGAGGUUGCGUUCCACUCGGCACUUCUAUCUUCAACAUGGCCAUGACCGAUGCUGGCGCCGAGAUCUCUAACAACUUGUGCCCGCACUUUAAAUACUCUCGCCCGGACAUGUAUAUGAUCAUCAAGCACCGCAAGCUUCAGGACUUCACCACCACGAUGCAAGAAGUCGGCGUCAAGCCCGAUUCUCUGGGAUGCGAUGUAUGUCGACCGGCAGUUGGAUCUAUCCUUUCGUCUCUCAACAACCAAUUCAUUAUGAAGCCAUCGCAAAGACAGACGCAGGAUACGAACGAUCGCUACCUAGCCAACAUCCAACGUGACGGGACUUACUCCGUUGUUCCUCGUCUCCCUGCUGGCGAGGUGACCCCAUUCCAGCUCAUGGUAUUGGGCGAGGUUGCCACAGAGUUCAACCUCUACUCCAAGAUUACGGGGGGCCAGCGCAUCGAUUUAUUCGGCGCGCGCAAGCACCAACUCCCUGCCAUUUGGACACGUCUCGUCGACGCUGGCUUCGAGUCCGGCCACGCUUACGGCAAAGCCUUGCGCACCGUGAAGAGCUGCGUCGGCACGACGUGGUGCCGCUUCGGUGUCGGCGAUUCGGUCGGACUAGCUGCCGAGCUUGAAGGACGCUACAAGUCUAUUCGUGCACCUCACAAAUUCAAGUCUGGAGUGAGUGGAUGCGUGCGAGAAUGCGCAGAGGCGCAAAGCAAAGACUUUGGCCUAAUCGCUACUACGAAAGGCUGGAAUGUCUUUGUUGCUGGCAACGGUGGAGCCAAACCUCGACACGCAGAACUCAUUGCGGAGGAUGUACCACGUGCUCUUGCCAUCAAGAUUAUCGAUCGAUUCCUCAUUCUGUACAUUCGCAAUGCAGACAAAUUGCAGCGAACUGCACGAUGGGUGGAAACACUCCCGGGGGGCAUCAACGAGCUCAAGGACAUCAUCGUCAAGGACAAGUUAGGCAUUUGCAAAGAUCUCGAAGAUGAGAUGGACUCGCUGGUGGGCAAGUACCACUGCGAAUGGACCGAAGUCGUGCGGAAUCCCGAGCGCCAGAAAGCCUUCAAGCAGUUCAUCAACACAGAAGAGACGCAGGUCCACUCCGAGCGCAUCGAGCAACGCAACCAGAGUCGACCGGCCGACUGGCCAGCAGACGCUACUCCUCUCAAGUUCAGUGUUCGAGACAUCGCAGCAAAUGAGCCUUGGGAAUGGCGACCAGUGGCGAAAGUGGCUGACCUGGACCCGCAGCCAGAUGCUCCCACCUCUGCCGUCGUCAAGUACGGCGACACCCAAAUCGCAAUUUGGAACAUUCCCAACCGUGGCCUAAGGGCGUCUCAGAAUAUGUGCCCACAUCGCCGAGCCUUUGUCUUGGCCGAUGGUCUGAUCGGCGAAGACGACUCCGGCAAGGAGUUUAUCAGCUGUCCGCUGCACAAGAGACGAUUCAACCUGGAUCACAAAGAGGAGAACGAUGCUGGCAAGUGCAACGACGCCGAUUAUUCAAUCAUGACAUUCGAGGCGCGGCAAGAGGAAGACGGUACUGUCUCGCUCAGACUACCGUCCUCGGAGUCGCUGGAUGCGCUACUUUCGACGACUAAAUGGAUGCUCCGCAAGGCUAGAGAGGAAUCUCACAUUCUCUCGGGCGGACAGCCUGGCCAGACUGAUACGGAAGGCUACGCAAUGACCGAGAAGCAUGGACAAAUUGUCGAGAUCGCAGGGCCUACUGAGGCAGUGCAAGAAGAGUCGAGGAAACUCGAUCGAGAGCGAAGGGGUAUCCCUGAGCCUGCUCAAGACACAAGCGAGGGAGGCGCCAAGAAAGCUAGCUGCGCCGACGCUGCCCCUGGAAGCAAGCUCGAUUGGUAG